GGAGCCAUGCACCGCAUCACCAGGGACGUCCUGCUGGACAUGGAGGACGACGACGACGAGGACGGGGACAUCGGUGAUGUUCCUGCCUCCAAGAGGCCUUUUUUGACACCUCAUUCUUCUCACACAUCCAGUCUGGAGUUGGAAAACAUUGAAAAGACAACUGUGUCCAGUUUUGGAGCACUAGAAAAUCAGCCUGAUUUUCGAAUUCCAGAUUUUGAAGAAUUUGAUGGAAAACCUGAUUCCCUUUUUUUUAAUGAUGGCCAGCGCAGAAUCGAUUUUGUUCUCGUGUAUGAAGAUGAAAGUAGGAAAGAGGUCAAUAAAAAGGGCACAAAUGAAAAACAAAGGAAAAAAAGACAAGCCUAUGAAUCCAACCUCAUUUGCGAUGGCCUGCAGCUCGAAGCAACAAGAUCGGUUUUAGAUGACAAACUCGUAUUUGUAAAAGUACAUGCCCCGUUCGAAGUGUUGUGUACAUAUGCAGAGUUAAUGCACAUCAAAUUGCCUCUGAAACCCAACGAUCUGAAAACCCGGACCACCUUUGGAAAUUUUAAUUGGUUUACCAAAGUCCUCCAAGUGGAUGAAAGCCUCAUCAAGCCUGAGCAAGAGUUUUUCACUGCCCCUUUUGAGAAGAACCGAAUAAAUGAUUUUUAUAUUAAUGAUAAGGAGACCUUCUUCAACCCAGCCACCAGGAGCCGCAUUGUUUACUUUAUCCUUUCGCGGAUCAAGUAUCAAGUAAGAGAUAAUAUUAAGAAAUUUGGGAUCAGCAAGCUUGUAAGCUCUGGGAUCUACAAGGCAGCUUUCCCUCUCCACGACUGCAACUUCAGCCAUCCAUCAGAGGACCCCACAUGCCCAAGUGAACGGUACCUUCUGUACAGAGAAUGGGCGCAUCCCCGAAGCAUCUACAAAAAACAGCCCUUGGAUCUCAUCAGGAAAUACUACGGAGAGAAGAUUGGCAUCUAUUUCGCUUGGCUGGGCUAUUACACUAAGAUGCUCUUCUUCGCAGCCAUAGUAGGAGUGGCUUGCUUUCUCUACGGAUAUCUCAAUCAAAAUAACUGUACCUGGAGCAAAGAAGUUUGUGAUCCUGAGAUUGGUGGCAAGAUAAUAAUGUGUCCACAGUGUGAUGUUCUUUGUCCAUUCUGGAAACUCAAUAUUACUUGUGAAUCCUCAAAGAAAUUGUGCAUCUUCGACAGUUUUGGAACUCUAGUCUUUGCUGUAUUUAUGGGGAUUUGGGUUACCUUAUUUUUGGAGUUUUGGAAGCGGCGCCAGGCAGAACUUGAGUACGAAUGGGACACAGUUGAGUUGCAGCAGGAGGAACAACCCCGGCCAGAAUAUGAAGCACAGUGUACUCACGUGGUGAUAAAUGAGAUCACUCAGGAAGAAGAACGUGUUCCUUUUACUACCUGGGGGAAAUGUAUACGCAUAACCCUCUGUGCAAGUGCUGUCUUUUUCUGGAUUCUAUUAAUCAUCGCCUCAGUUAUCGGAAUAAUUGUCUAUAGACUCUCCGUCUUCAUUGUGUUUUCUUCAAAACUUCCCUCAAACUUUACUGAAACCGACACAAUCCAGAAGUAUCUGACGCCCCAGACAGCCACGUCCGUCACAGCAUCCAUCAUCAGCUUUAUCAUCAUCAUGAUCCUGAACAUCAUAUAUGAGAAAGUGGCAAUCAUGAUUACUAACUUCGAACUACCAAGGACCCAGACUGAUUAUGAGAAUAGCCUAACCAUGAAGAUGUUCCUGUUCCAGUUUGUCAACUAUUACUCUUCCUGUUUCUACAUAGCAUUCUUUAAGGGCAAAUUUGUAGGAUAUCCAGGAGAUCAUGUUUAUUGGCUCGGGAAAUACAGAAAUGAAGAGUGUGACCCCGGUGGCUGUCUCCUUGAACUGACAACACAGCUGAUAAUAAUCAUGGGAGGAAAAGCGAUCUGGAAUAACAUACAGGAGGUGUUACUUCCCUGGAUCAAGAACCUAAUUGGGCGAUGUCGCACAGUUUCUGGAGCAGAAAAGACAGCCCCACGCUGGGAACAAGACUACCAUCUGCAACUCAUGGGUAGACUGGGGCUUUUCUAUGAAUAUCUUGAAAUGAUUAUUCAGUUUGGGUUCGUCACCUUAUUUGUGGCCUCUUUUCCACUGGCUCCUCUGUUGGCUCUGGUGAACAAUAUUUUGGAAAUAAGAGUGGACGCAUGGAAAAUGACUACCCAGUAUAGACGCAUGGUGCCAGAAAAAGCCCAAGACAUCGGAGCAUGGCAGCCCAUCAUGCAAGGAAUAGCAAUUCUGGCUGUAGUGACCAAUGCUAUGAUCAUCGCCUUCACAUCAGACAUGAUCCCUCGCCUGGUAUACUACUGGUCCUUCUCCAUCCCUCCUUACGGGAACUCUUCAUUCUAUACCAUGGAAGGCUAUAUAAACAGAACUCUGUCCGUGUUCAACAUCAGCGACUUCAAAGACAAAAGCUUGGGAAAUUCUGAUUCUGAACUUGGUAACCACACCGUGUGUAGGUACCGUGAUUUCCGUAACCCUCCCGGACACCCGCAGCAGUACAAACACAGCAUUUACUAUUGGCACGUGAUUGCAGCCAAGCUGGCUUUCAUCAUCGUCAUGGAGCAUCUCAUCUACUCUGUGAAAUUCUUCAUUUCGUAUGCAAUCCCAGACGUAUCAAAAAGCACGAAGAGCAAGAUCAAGAGAGAAAAAUACCUAACACAAAAGUUUCUUCAUGAAAAUCACCUCAAAGAUAUAACAAAAAAUAUGGGGCUCAUAGUUGAGAAGAUGGGAGAAAUAGUAGAUAAUAAUGUUCGACCAAAAUCAGAAUAAGAGCUUUAUGUUCUGAGAUGCACUUUAAAUAAUUUUGCUCUGUCAAAAUAUAUUAUGGAUCACAAUGAGAAUGUUUAAGCUGAAUCACGUUAGGAAAUUUGAGUUUCAGCUAUUGCCAUUUUCAUGGAGAUUAUUUUUCAGUUUCAGCUGGUGUUGUAGGAACUGGAAAAUGUAAAACUUAGAUCAUGAAGGGCAUAAAACUAAUCAACUACAAAACAUUCAAUUGUACCUUUUUGACAAAUAGGAAUUUCAGUAACACAGAAAAAGUCUCUUCAUGUGCUUAGAAAUCACCUCUCCUAGAGCAGAACAGAUUCCUUGCUUCCUCCUUUUGAUGAUUUUUCUCUCGACUCACACACAUUUUUACUUUUAGGCAGUGUUGCAUUUCUUCACUUCUGCAGAUGUGUUCCAUAUUUUCCUGAAAGCUUUUCUUCCAUUACCAUCAUUAGAAGCCUCUGCUGCCUUGAUUUUUUUCUUUUGUGAUUGUUAGUAGCUAACUUAAAUAUAGUUUGAGGGCUGACGCUAAGUAGAGCAGGUAAGGCAAUUGCCUCCAUGCAGUGCAGUCGACCUGGGCUCAAUCCCCAGCACUACAUAUGGUCUUCUGAGCACUGCUGGGUAUGGCCCAAAACAACACUAUAUAUAGUGUUAAGUGGCUAUUAAAUAGACACAGAAAUAGCCAUUAUGAGAUGUAUUGUCACAUCCCUACAAAAAAGAAAAUCUCAGUUAAUAAGAAAAUAGUCUCAGUCUUUUUUCUUUCCCAUGUCAAAUCAAUGUUCUUUAAAGGAUUGGAAUAAAAAAUAAUGAGCUUCUAGAGCAUAUUUAUACUAAUCCGUAGUGACACCUUUUAUCUUCCAGUAGCUUCUAGAAUGUUCUGUCCCUAAUUAUUGUUGACUGCUCUGCAAAUCUCAAAUUAAUAAGAUGACAAAAGCAGAGAGAAGUGUAGAUUCAAAUAGAAUUCUAACUCAUAUUGGUCGGGAUAAUUAUCUCAUCUAAAGACAUGUAGUUUCCUGGCAGGAGGGGCGGAGGGCAGGGAUGAAAUUACAUUUUUGUCAAUAUAGUAUGGAAAAGAUAACGCUUAUCAAUUGCCUUUUCCACCAGUUGCCUUCAUUAGUACAGGUGUUACAGUAUUACGAAUCAUAACUCUUAUGAAUGGCUGUGACAUGACCCUGCUGCGCACCGUUAAGAGAGUGGCAGGUGCCCCAACUCAGCUGCACCGUUAGGGAGGGAAGGUCUUUGGGUGGGAUUCUGCAUGCCCCAGUGGCCAGCGUACCAAAACAUCUCCCCUAGUGGAUGCUGCUCCUUGCACCCUCUGCUCCCUUAUUCUCAGCCCGAUAACUUGUUAUAAGGACGUGUUUGUACCAAACACUGGAGGUCAGGAGAGGUGGAGACCCAGAUUCUACCCAAGUCAGAAACAAGACUUCAGGUUUGCUUGUGUCUUCAGCCUCUCCUGAGGCCAGUCAGAUAAUUAAGCAGAAGCAAAAGGUUUGAUCACAAACCCUCCGUCAAUUAGUGUUUACUUCCUUCUGGAAUUCCCUCCCUAUGAUGCGGUUCUUGCCCUCAGUUAAAUCGGUUUAGAAAUUUGUCCUUUACUGCCUUUUCGGUGCCAUUUCUCUGGCAGGCUCUGGGGAGGCUGAGCCGCACCGCUCAUUCUGGGCUAGUCAUGGCAGCAGCGCUGGGUGUAGCCAAGCCUUGGUGUAACCCAGGCAGGGUGUCCGGGUCCCUGUUGCAUGUGCGACCUGCCAGGAUGCUGCUAGAUUUGCAGGUGCCACUGGAGCCAGGCUACUCCGAAUCCAGCAGUGCAGGCGAGGGGACCUGUUCCUGCAAGUAGAUUUAGUGACAUGUAUAAUAGCUUAUCUCCAGGUCACAGUUGUAAAUGUGCCUGCCUUGAAUGUGUUUUUGUUAUUUUUUUUAAAGUAUUUGUGUAAAAGUAACUCAAGCAGUAUUCCAGAUUCUUUUAAUCUUCCCCAUGAAUCAGGGACAACAUUUCUCUAACUUUCUUGAUGAUGUUAACUAUGUGAUGAAAAAGUGCUCAUCACAGGCCGUGUGUGGCCUGACGGCACUGGGCACAAGAAGCAAAUCUCUCUCUGUGUGGAAACUUGCUCCUUCCACGCAGCCCAAGUGCAGAGCCACCUCCUACCCUGCUCCACUGUGAUUCUCCUCCCUAACUGUGUGGCCUUCUCAGAUUACCUCUUACUCUGCAGUGGACUAUCUCCGACUGUUGCUUUUGGCAAUUCUUCAUCGUUAGUGGAAGCAUUUUAAAAAGGAAUGCUUUUGCCUUAUCUCUUUGUAUAUAAGAUAGGACUUCAAAAGAAUCACCAAGUUAGGUCUUUAUGAGUACUCUUUCAUGGUUUAAAAUGUGUUUCUGUGACAACCGGGGGAAAAAGCCUCUGUGUGUCUUAAGGUAGCGCAUGUGAUGUAUGGGCACUGCCAAUGUCCUCCAGACAGCUGGACUGCAGGGGGACCCAGCGUCACCCGUGACACCAGCAGUGUUAGUGUAAUGCAAGUGCUGGCUUGUUGGUGAUGAAGAAAAAUGUUUCUGCAGGCAAUUGUGUGCUGUAAAUGUGAGCAGAGGCAGCAUCCCUGGAAAAUGGAUGGGUAGACCCUUAGAGCGAAAAUCUGGCCCCAGACCUAUGUUCGCCACUAGAGAAAUGUUAGUUUUCUAUCCUUUUGUAAUGCCUGUGGAUUUUAAUGAACUGAAACAGUAGACCAAAAUACUCAGGGGAUUUUUCUUAAUAUAUCCCUCAGUUAUUUUAGAUACCAUUAGAAAGAGAAAGUUAUGAUUUUUUUUAAAUUACGUCCAUCUUGUAAACUGUCACCAAAUUCUUCCCUUUUCAUUGUUGUACAUCUUGAAUUUCAGAAAACAUUUAUUUCACAAUAGGGAAGUAGAAUGUGUUCUGUUGUUAAUAAUUCUUGGACCAUUUUCUUGUGUUCAUGCUAUACUUUAUGAUAUUCAAAAAGUUGAAAUGGAUGAACAACUUAAGUAAGUUAGAAUUGAAGUAUUCAUGAUGCUUUUCAUAUCGUGUGUCAGUAAAGAUGUAAAGAUCAUACUUGUUUUGUGAACUUCUGUGCAUUUUAAUAUUAUUUUAUAAUUAUGAGCAUUUUAAUAAAUUCCUUUUUUGAAACA